GCUUCGCAGCACGCACUGCUCGACCGUUGGGCUGACUGGCAGGCCAAUAAGCCCCAGCGACCCCUGUGCCUGGCAGCUAGCCUGGUUGAGAAACAGAUGAUCGCAUACUCAAACACUCCAGGGGCUGCCGCCUGGCUCCCCUCUUUGUCAGGAUGGAGCAUCCGGCCACGCUACGCCUGGAUGCGUUCCGCAUCCCUCGAUAGUCGAGAUCGCUUGCCAAAAUUGGCACCGCAGACCCUGGCGAGUUCUGGCGCCUCACAGACAGCUACUCACGGCCUGACGUCGGCGAUCUGA